AUGGUAAGGAAGAUAUUGGAAGCAAGGGAGAUCAUAAUGCAACUGCAAAGGCCAUUAGAGGAUAAGAAAAGCAUCAUUAAACAGAUAUACCUUCAACUGACUCCAAUGUUGCCCAAAACUACCUGGAGAAACCUAAUGUGUAGCAAUGCUGCCAGACCUAAGGCUAUAAUCACAAUGUGGCUUCAAUGUCAAGGAAGAUUACUUACUGUAGACAUACUUAAGAAAUGGGGACUCAAUGUAAAUGACUCAUGUGUGUUAUGUCAUACUAACUUGGAGACAAGGAAUCAUCUGUUUACUGAAUGUGACUAUGCUAAAAGGCUGUGGUGCAGAUUGAAUCAAUGGGCAAGGGUACAUAACAUUUGUGGUGUAACAUGGGAGCAACAACUGCAGAUCAUUUGUCAGCACACAAGAGGUAAAUCAACUGUUGCAAAACUUCUCAAGAUGAUGUAUGCUGAAUAUACACACAUGCUCUAUGAAAAAAAUGAAUCAGAGAAUAUUUCAAGAAACAUUCAGAGAUUACACAAGCUUGGCAAGGGAGAUAGUCUGCAUAUGUAA